CUGCAGCUGCUGACCCCAGCUGUGUCCUCCCCUGGAACAUUCCCCCCCCUGCCCGGGGGCAGGGGAGGAGGGAAAGGAAGGGGUCCAGAUACCCGUGGAGCCCGGCGGCCAAAGGAGGAGGAGGAGAGGGGACCUGCUGCGGAGCCCCCCAGCACAAUGGAGCAGCUGCAGGGCCCCGGCUGGCCCUCCAUGGCUUCUCUCUACCUUCUGCUGGCUGGGGCCACCUGUGGCCCUCCUGAGAGAGACCCCGCCCAACCCUCUGCCAGCUUCGACAGCAAAGUUGCCACCCUGCUGGCGAAAGAACCUGAGGAUCCCAAGUGCUUCACUCAGCGGCUGGAAGACUUUGUCUGUUUCUGGGAGGAGAGGACCAACCAGAGCAAGGUCAACUACAGCUUCUUCUAUCAGCUAGAGGGAGAACCGAGGAAACAGUGCAGGCUGAAGGUGACCAAGACAGCAAGAAACACCGUGCGCUACACCUGCAACUUCCCUGUGGCUGACACCUCGUGUUUCACCCCUCUGACCCUCAGCGUCACCACCGGCAAGCCUAACUCUGAGGUCCAUAACAGGACUGUCUUCAUCAACCAAGUGGUGUUCCUGGACCCCCCGUCCAACCUGACGGUGCGCAAGACCGAGAAGCCAGGACAGCUCCAUCUACGCUGGCUCCCACCAAACAUCCCGCACAUGACCCGCGACAUCCGCUACGAGGUCAAUUUCUCUGCGGUGGGGGCCGACGUGCAGAAGGUGGACAUCCUGGAAGGGCGGACCGAGUGUCUGAUCGUCAACCUCCGCGGGCAGACUCGCUACCUCUUUGCCGUGCGCGCCAAGCUGGAUGACCUCAGUUACAAUGGCUACUGGAGCGCGUGGUCCGAGCCGGCUACAGUGCUGACAGCCAGUGACCUGGAUCCCUUGAUCCUGUCCCUCUCCCUCAUCCUACUGUUCAUCCUGCUGCUCCUGGCCGUGAUGGCACUGUUCUCGAACCGCAGGUUUCUGAAGAAAAGGAUCUGGCCGGGGAUCCCCAGUCCAGAGCACGAAUUUGAGGGGCUCUUCACCAUCCAUAAGGGAAACUUCCAGCUCUGGCUGGGACAGAGAAACGCCUACUUAUGGUGGGGCCACCGCUUUGCCUACCUGGAGGAUCAGCCCACCCUGCUGGAGGUCCUGUCUGAACUUCCCUGGGCCUCGGGCAGCCUCCUGCCCCCGACUGGCAAUUUGACGGUGGACGAGGUGCCCUUGCUGAGGUCCAAGAGCCAGAACGGGCCCGGGGAAGGGUUAAAAGGAGGCCGCCCGUCCAGGGAGCCACUGUCGGAAACUAAGGACGACUACUUGGUACUGGACGAACACCUGCUGCCACAGAGCCCCGGUGGAGGGAGCGAUUCGUUCCACGGACAAUUCCACCUACGGCUCCUGGGUUCAGGCAGCAGCGUGGGCACUGCUCCCAGCCCUGAGGAGGAGGAGGAGGAGGUGGAGGGCGAGGAGGAGGAGGGCAAGCAGCGCUCCCCCUCGAUUUUUUCUGCCCUAGAACCCGGCCAAGAGGAGAGGGCUUCUGCUUCCAGUUUUGAGUACACAGUCGUCGACCCCAGCUCCAAGAUCCUCUCACCUCGGGCUCGCCUGCCUUCUCCAGCCCAGGCCGAGCUCAAGUACAUGUACCUUGUGGUCUCAGACUCCGGCAUCUCUGCCGACUCCAGCUCUGGGAGCUCUCCUGACGGCCCCUACUCCAACCUCUACGAGAACGGCUGCACGCUGGGGCCCUUCCCGACCAACUACGUGACCUGCUCCUAGCUUACCAGCGCUGGCAGGAGGGGGUGGGGGGAUGGCAGCGGAGGACAAGAUGUGGUGGGGGCUGAGAUCAGAAGCCCCACUCAGGACGGGAGCUGGGACCUCUCUCUACUGACUCCUGAAGCCACAACAUUCUGGGCCAGGGCAGCCGGGAGGAGCAGGCACCCCAGGGCCUGGGGGAAUAGAGGCCGGCCCGCUUCAGUCCGAAAAUCUGGAGGGUCAGGAGGCAUGCGUGGCCCGCUGGCUUUCACUAACCCCCUAGCCCCCUCCCUGGUUCCUUCCACACCCAUGGUUUCUGGUUCCUGCUUCAGGUUCUCCACCAGCCUCUGAGUGACCUUAAUCCUUCUGGGGUUCCCACCUCCCCACCAAAAUUCCAGGUAAGUCUAGGGGCCCACAGAAAAGGUUCACUUAGCAAAUGUUCUUCUGGCUAGAGAUGCAGCAUGAACCGAUGGAUAGAACACGGGCCUGGGCGUCAUAAGGACCUGGGUUCUAAUCCCAGCUCCGCCACUUGUCUGU